AUGAAGCUCUUACGACUUGGGCUCGUUGCCUCUAGUGUUGGACUCCCGUUCGCAUUUGGGGCGAUUCGUCGCGACCUUAACAAGAGGAAUGUCGAGAUAGCCCAGAUUGACCAUGACAGUCGCAUCGACCAAAGAAGCCAGGAGAUUCUAUUCAAAGAGGCCGGUUCUGACUUCGAAGACGUUUUUCGGUGUGCCGGGGGUACCGGCAAGCGCCUCACGUUCGACGCAGACCAGGUAUUCGUGGCUUGCUGCGCGCCGGGUCAAAGACUACUUGGGAGCCCCGACACCGCGUUUGACUGCUGUGCUGAGGGUCACGAUUUAGUUGGGAGCGAUCAUACCGGCUAUAAAUGCUGUCCCGUAGGUUAUGGUGGAUGGCCAGUGUGUCUGUCCGCUAGGAACGAGUCCGACCGCGGACGGUGGCUGCAGGGGACCAAUAGGUUGCGAUUCUGGCAUCACUACCGGAAAAUGCUACGUCUUCAGGAUGGAAACCGGCCAUACCCUCUCGGCUACGACAGUAUACAAUUACACUAUAGCGCAGCCGACCAUUCCAGCCAGCACCGUAUCGGGCGCUUCAAGAUCUCGGCAACGAAGCCUGCACUACAGGCCGCGCCGUGA